AUGGCGAAUCGGGCGCUUGCAGCGCACGAAGCUGCGUUCCAGCUGGUCCAAGAGCCGAGCGCGUUCGCCGCUAUGAGCUCACUCCCGCACCCGGCGCCAGUGCUCUUCUGCCUCACGGGUAUGGACGAGCCGGUCUCGUGGCCGCUCUGCGCCGCGCAGGCAGCGCAGAUUGCCGGACUCCACCCCGACAAGACCAUCUCUGCGGCCAACAUUCAUCUUGACGAGCGCUUCAUGAACAGCUACCACGACAUGCAUGCGGCCAUGUACCGCACCUAUGUCCCGCACUUGGGCCCAUCGAGCGACGUGUACAUGGAGCUCUCGCAUUUGAUCGUGGACGACGUCGGGGACGCCGACAGCUUUCGCCUCCAGCCUUCCAACGAUGACACGGUCAAUACGACCACGUUUGGCAUGCUUCUGGUGCUGCUUCCGUCGGAGCACACGGGCGGCGCCGUCACGUUCACGUUUGGCGGCCACUCGACAACAUUUGACGACGCCGCGUCGCUCGUCGAGACACCGUUCAGCGCCGCCUUUCUCUGCGCGACCAUCACGUCGGCGCCCAUCACGUCCGGGCGCCGCGUUGCACUCGUGUACCGUUUGUACUAUGGCGACGUGGACGGGCCCAUGCGCAUGGUGCCGCCAGCGCAGGACGCGGCCAUCGCGGCGUUCCGUGCGAUUGCGCAGUCAACGACGCAAGAAGUCCAGUGCGUCGGGCUGGAGCUGGAGGACAUGGAGGAGCAAUAUCUCUCGUUUGCGUCGCUCACGACUUGGGAGGCGGGGUUCGUGCACGUGCUUCUCGCCGCCGGCACCUACGGCGUCGGUCUUGCGAGCCUCGACAUGAACCGAAAUGGCGUCAUUAAAGCAUUCGAGCCGCACCCAACGCUUUUGCACCUGCCGCCGCCGCAGUCGACUGCCUUCCAGUGUCCGUCGUGCGUGCCCGUGUACUGGCCGACGCGCCACCGUGUCUGCAUUGUCGACCCCGUCACCGUCUGGGACGUGUUGGAGCAGCGAGUAUGCGAGCGCCAUGGCGACAAAGCCGCUGCGUACCUUGGUGUCUCGGACACGAAGGAGCUACUUCUCGGGAUGCUCACAACCCACGACCUUCGCCAGCUGCGACGAGAACGCAGCUUGUCGUUCCUGCAGAAGAUGCAGAUGCUCUUGGUCGCGUUGAAGGACGUGGCGCUCUCGGCGGCUUUCUUGGAUGCAGUCGCAAUCACAGAGGCGCUCGUGGCGACCAAAGUCGGUCCCGUCGUGCACUGUCUCUUGUCCCAGCAUGGAUGGGAGCCGCUGCAGGCGUCGGUGCUUGGGCUCGUUCGGCGCUGGAUCAACUCUGAUCCCGACGCCACGCUGCAGCUACUCACGAGCUUGGCCGGCCUCAACACCAAGUCCGUAUUGUGUCGACCGCUGCGUCAACCGUACGACGCCGAGCUCUUCAAGCGCUGCUACGGCGUCAUGCUGGCGACGCCUGGCCUCGUUGGCACCGAGAUGACCCGAUUCGAUCGCGGUCCGACCUUUGUCACCGGUCUCUUCUUGCUCGAAGAUUACGUGACGAGACUCGUGCCGCAGCGCCAAGCCGCCAACUAUGUGAGUCAGCGUCUACCUCUGAUCUUUGUACCAGCGAUCGACGCCUAUCUCUUUGCCUACCCGUCAGUCGAUCGCUUGCUCUCGUCGUCGCCGCUACCGCUUUUGGACCUGGCCGUCGGGCUCGAGUCGGCCGUGCGCUGCCACAUGUCGCUGCCGCUGCCACCGACGGUGCUCGAGACCAUCUUUGCGGCGAUACGGCCCAUGACGGCUGACACGCUGACGGCCAUUACCACCAACGUUGCCAGUGCGGUCCUCUUCUUGGCGUGCGUCUCGCAGUGUCUGGAUACGUCGCUCUUUCACAGUUUGGUCGACGUUUGUGGCCUGGGACUGCUCCCGACGGUCCAUUCGAUUGCGCUUGAGUUUCCAAACCACGCGCUUUUGAACCAGCUUGUCGCUGCGUUCAUCGAUACCUCGGUGGAUGCGCUCGUGGACGAGUCCCAGUGGCCCGAGUGGCAUCUCUGUCCCGUCCCCGUACGCCCCAAUGACGAGAGCUUCGCAGCCAAACCCGGUGUUCUCAUCCUCGUCGACGCUCUGGCAUUCUUGGAGCGCAUGGCGCCAAGCAGGGCGCGUGCCUUUGCAACGAGGUACCUCCAGCGGCUGCCGACAACGCUUAGUAUGAUCCACGACCGACUGGUGCCGGUUCUAACGCGCCUCGGUUGCCACAGCGGCGCCUACGAUGUGCUGGUGGAGGCGACGAUCGAUCGCUUUGCCGCUCUGCCCCACCUCGCCGACUAUACCCUGCCUCGGCCGUGGACUCUCAACCCGAACCACUGCCCCCAGCACGACCCGUACGAGAUCGUGCGCAAGCGACGACGGCGUCUGUCCGAGACUAAUGCGUGUUGUCGACGCGAGCGCAAGCCGGUUAUCGUCCUUGGCGAGGACCAACCCUUCCCCCGGGUGUAUGUCCUCGAGAAGGUGCGCCAGCCAGGUGACGUCGCCGACGCCGAGUGGUACAUGGCCGAGAAGAUGAGAAAGAUCCACGCCCACGUCUCGGCAUUCGUCACAACCUUGGUGCGCCAACGACAGGACGACGACGCGGCAGCCAGUGUGACGAACGCACCGCCGGCCAAGCGCCUUCGGUCUUGA